AUGGAGGGUGGUGGUCGUGGAAGAGGUGAGGCAGUGCCGAUUGAGGAAGAGACAGUCGGUGCUUCUUCGCCGACUGCUUCGCGGGUAAACCGGAGGAGAUCGGGGAGGGGGAGUUCUCGGCGGACGGCGAGCUUAAACUCCUUGGUUUACCGUGGCUCCUCCACCUCGUCAUCCCGUCCCCGGCCUACACCGGAGCAGCGCCGCCCAGUUUCGCCUGAAGUGGAAGUUGAUUCAUUAAGAUAUAGUUUUCUUUUUCAAAAGGAGCUCAAGUAUAGUGAUGUGAGCUCAACAAAGCGAAUAGUAAUCCCUAAGGCCUUAGCUGAAACCUAUCUCCCCACUUUGUACACCAUAGAAGGGACCCUCAUCAGUAUGGAAGACAUGGACGGCUUGGGGACAUGGACCUUCAGGUUCAGAUAUUGGAUCAACAACCUAACUCGGAUGUAUGUGCUUGAAAAUACAGGGGAGUUUAUUAGGGCGCAUGGAUUAUGUGCUAACGAUUUCAUUAUAUUGUACAAAGAUAACAGGAAUGACAAAUACGUCAUCAAGGGUAGCAAGUCGAUUUACAAUGCAUGUCCCCAACAUAUGAUAGAAGAAGGUUUGGAUUCCCAAAUUGGGGAAGAUGAACGAAACGAAUCAAAAACCUCGAUGACAACAAAUGAAAUAGGCAUAUUCUCAUUUCAUAGUUCCAUUUUACUCGACGAUGCACCAAAGUUCUCAAGUGCAUCAUUACUCGACUUUCCAAGACGCAUGCCAAGUUUUGAAUCUCUUGACCUCUCUUUAGAGGAUUUUAAGUAA